AUUACCGGGGGCUGGUCCUGGGCUGCAUUAAAGCUGGAGCUGCCGCAGCUGCACUACACACAUCAAAGCCUCUCCUCCACACCGCAGCGCUCACCGACGGCAGGUCUACUGGAUGGUGGAGCCAUAUCUUCUUUUUUCCUUACACACAGUCCGGGCUACAUCACGGGACAUAACACGGACUUACUCCGGAUUUUAACCGUCUUCGUCGAGCUGAUGUCGAGAUGAUGCACUGAGGAGAAAACAGCUCAGGCUCCCCGGUAGUGUUCAUCCUGAGGCUGCAGUGAACGGAGGGGGGAUUGCGGUACAACAAGGUUAAUAAUCACCAUCAAUAAAGGUCGUCUCUGUGAGCGGGAACCGACUUGAAAGGGUGAAUCUCGCCCCUGUGCGGGGGGAUCGGCGGAGAAAUAUAGAUCUAUAAAAAAUUAUGGCCACCCUACUGCGGAAGAUCGGUCUGAUCCGUCUGCACGACCGAGACACCGAGGACCCAAAGCACCACCAGGGCUCGUUAAAGGGGACCAAAGGGAACCAGAAAAACAACGCCAACAAACACUGUCAGACCGCCAACGAAACCAACAUCCUGAGCACCCCGGAGAUUAAGGCGAGGAAGCUGGACCAGCACGGCAAGGACAAGCCGACCGGCAAGGAUAAGCAGGGCAAGGAUGCGAAGGAGAAGCAGCAGACGGGAGGAGGCGGGAGUAAAGCGACCAGUGCCUCCUCGAUAGCACCGCUGGCGCCUCAUCGGCAACACUGCACCCAGGUCCGGACGCGGAGGCUGAUGAAGGAGCUACAGGAGAUCAGGAGGUUAGGGGACAACUUCAUCACGGUGGAGCUGGUGGAGGACAACCUGUAUGACUGGAACGUCAAGCUGCACCAGGUGGACAAGGACUCGGCGCUGUGGCAGGACAUGAAGGAGACCUGCACCGAGUUCAUACUGCUCAACGUCACCUUUCCCGAUAAUUUCCCCUUCUCGCCGCCGUUCAUGCGGGUCCUGACGCCCCGGUUGGAGAACGGCUACGUGCUGGAUGGCGGGGCCAUAUGCAUGGAGCUGUUGACCCCCCGCGGAUGGUCCAGCGCCUACACGGUGGAGGCGGUCAUGAGGCAGUUUGCAGCCAGCCUCGUAAAAGGACAGGGACGUAUAUGUAGGAAAGCAGGGAAGUCCAAGAAAGCGUUUAGCCGUAAGGAAGCCGAGGCCACCUUCAAGUCCCUGGUGAAGACCCACGAGAAGUACGGUUGGGUGUCCCCACCCGUGUCUGACGGCUGAGCGCUCAGACGCCGACCCCCUGACCCCCGUGCUAGCCGGACAAACCCAGCUAGCCCCGACACGCAAAACGACACACCACGCUAACCCAACAAUCUCUCAUCUUUACCUUUUUGGUGUUUCACUCGAGUUUUCUCUUUUUCAGUUUUGUGUGUCUGUGUGAUUAUUUUUUGAAAUUUUUUGUCCUCCAUCUCCACCAAAACUCUCAGAGAGCAGACACACCAUCGUCAUCGUCACUCCUCCACCAAGAAGCGACUUUUCGAAGAUUUCUUUCCCCCAUUUCGGAAAGGCCUGAGAGGGAGUUGUGUGUGUGUGUGUGUGUGUGUGUGUGUGUGUGUGUGUGGGUGUGAAUGUGUGUUUGUGUGUGUGUGUCUGUCACUCCAUCGGACAUCAGCUGGGAGUGUGUGCACGUGCAUCGGAGUGUGCGUUACAGUGGUGGAUUUCUUUCUUUUUGUUUUUUUGUUUUUUAUUCCCCCAACACACACCCAUGCACGUGCAGUCGGACAAAUCAAACAGUGUGGACUUCUCCACCCAUGUGAAAGACUACUAAAUGAAGGAGACUCAUCCCUCCCUUCUCCUUUUCUCACCAUCCCAUCCUCUCCUCUUUUUCCAUCCCUUCGCUCCCUUCCUCUCUUUAGCAAUGAACUGGCAUUACUUCCCACGUCUCUCUCUGUAGCUGUCGGGUCAUUUACAUGUAAAUGAAGCUGUUAAUGUUUAAUAGACGGGCAGCGCACUGGCGUUUAUACUCACUCAUUCACUCCUUCAUUUCCCCUUUCUUUAGACUGUGCCGUUGCUCACAGUUCAAUGCAACAUGAAGAUUGUAAUUUACGUGGAGCUGUGCUCUCUCUCUCUCUUCUUUCUCUGUCUCUUUCUUUAGCUCGCUCGUUCACUUUGUUUCUCUUUCUCUCUCUCCGUCUCUUGUGGCUAAAUUUAGAGCUCACUGUUGCGUAGAUGGAUAUUGAUUUCUAUUGGAGAAAAAAAAAAGUCACAUGUUGCUUUAUGCAGAGACUAUGUAUGAUAAAUAGAAUGACAGUCAAUCACCUCUCUUUCUUCCUCUCUCUACUCUCAUGUUAUUGUGUGUGUGUGUGUGUGUGUGUGUGUGUGUGUGUGUGUGUGUGUGUGUGUGUGUAGGAGAGGAAGAAGACUGUAAUUCCCAUGAUUUAGAUACCAGAUGGUACAGCUGAAGGCCAGGCCUCAGUGUGUGUGUGUGCGUGUGUGCGUGUGUGUGUGUGUGUGUGUGUGUGUGUGUGUGUGUGUUGUGUGAGCAAGGGAGAUAACCCUUUAAACAGAGAAAAAUAUGAUUUACUGUGAAUGACACUAAGGCCUAAAGGGAGUGCUGUUUUUUUGUUUUUUUUUUGCUAAAUUACUUGUUGCCGUCUUGUUCCACUGUCUGUUAGCUCCUGAUUAUCACUACUGUAAACACGUGUGUGGCUGUGCGUGAAUAUCUCCGUGCACAUAGCCUCGUCUCCCAUCCAUUUAAAUAACUUUAAGUCAGUAGAAAAUACACUUCGGACAUUUAGCUAUGCUCGAGACGCACACGCACAUUGAGUUCACCGACACACACACACACACAUAUACACACCUGCGGCCUUGAUGGCGGCGGUAACCACCCAGAAAUGAAGCCAGUGGAUUGGAGUGGUACUUUAAAUGAGUGUACGCUUCACAGCCCGCCUGAUUGAUGUCUGCUGAGAGAAAGGCAAUAGGGAGAGGAGAAGAAGAAGAAGAACAGAGGGAGAGGAGGGAAUCUUGAGCUUUGAUCACUGCUGGCUGCUUCUCGGAAAUGUCAGGCGGCUUGCAAAAUGGCCGAAGACGGAUAUUAUUUGCUCUACCCGCUGUAGUUACUUAAGAGACACAAAGUUCCUGAGUUCCAACCUUUGAAAGGACUUUAUAAAUAUCUAAUAUUAGCUCUGGCGGGUGCAGCAGCAUCAUUCUCAAUCAAUUGGGCGCCCACUAGUCACAUACUAUCUGUCCGUCCAGUCCAGUGGGCUCCUUGUGUAUUUGUUUUGCUAUCUGCCAGUUAAAUGUCAGAGGGAAAGCUGCUAAUUGGUCUGACAUUUCGGCAGAGCGUCAUUAGAGGAGAGCAGUGAGAGCAGAAGGAUGGAGGAUGUCAAACCUCCCGCUUGGCACUGACAUUUUGUCACUUUCCGCUCCUGCCCUGUUUUUUUUUUUUUUGUUUUUUUUUUUUUUGUGUAUGUGUGUGAGAGGGGUUGGGGGAAGUAGGUAGGGCAGACAGUGGGUUAGGUGAGGGGAGGCAGGGGUAUAGGAGCAGCUCGAUGCCUGUCAGUCCUCUCAGCAGGCCCAGACGUAAUCCUGGAGCAGGGUGUUUAAACCGCUGAGCUGACGCCAAGCCGCGCUUGCCAGCACGCCACAUUUGGACCGGGUUGUGCUGCAUCCCAAAGCCCCUUCCCCCCUUAUGUUGCGUUUGUGGUCAAUAACAAUCGUCUGUCUGUCUGUGCGUGAGUGCAUGUGUGAGCAAAUAUGUGUGUUAUGCUCCCAUCAUGAAAUAGAAAAAAAAAAAAAAAAAGGGAAAAAACAACAACAACACACCAUCUGGUAUGUGAUCAUGUACGAAAGCGUGUUAGUCCUCUUUGAAUUUGGCUAGUCAUUUCAGGGUCGAUUGUAUAGUGAUCUCUUGGCUUGUCAGCGGAGAAAACUGUAAACUGAAUUAUUAUUAAGACAAAAUAUCUCAAAAGCUCAGUGUUUGCUGGUUUCAAGAGAAUAAUUUUGUGAUAUAGUUUAGAUUGGUAGUUUGCAGACACUAACUGGGUGAACUGAUUAUGUUGUAUUAUAUCUGCAUGUGAUACGUGAUUGGUAGCUAGCUACUGUAUAUCUUUUUUCAAGAAAAGCAAGAAAAAAUAUGGGGAAAAAAACAAAAAUGCAAAUGCUUUUCUUUUCUUGUUUUUUUUUUUUUUUUUUUUUUUCCUUUUUUGGGUUCUGUACUGUAUGUAUUUUUUUCUUUCUUUCUAAGCGUCCCAAAAAAUGUCACAUUGUGUUAUAUGAAUGUUUGUGUUUUAAUUUAUUUGUGGUUUGCCAAAAUGAAGAUUUGAAGCAUGUUGCAGGUAUUGUCACAAGAAAACGAGAAGAAAAAAAAAAAAACCUUACUAAGAAUGAUAGCCUAUGUAUUUUGUGUGAUGGGGGAAGGUGUGUUUAUUUGGGGGGAUUUCAGGGAGUGAAGAAGGACAAAAGGUUGCAAAGCCUCGAGAUUAAAAAAAGGAGUAUUUCCUUUAUUGGGAGUGCAUCAAAGUGGAAUCAAGAAAAUUCCUACGCUCCUUUGAAUACUUACUAGUCCCCUCCAUGAUGUCACUACUGUCCCUUCCCCUAUGGUCGUGCUCUAGACAGUGAUUUGGCUUGAGGGUAAUGCAGUCAACACAAAGAUCUGGACUAAAGUUCCCCUCAGUCGAAGAUCUAGGAUCAGUGUGACUUCCCUGUGCUUCAAAUCUAACUCGUUAAGGGAAUCUGACCUGUGAUCAGUAACUCUGGGCUACUUCGUCGUCCCACUCCUGACUUGAGUGUUUGGUCGAGACCGAGGUCUUAAAAGUUCAAAAGGUGAAAGGUCGUUGCAAGACCAAACAGGAAUGUGCAAUAAAAGUUACAGCUUAUUCAAA